GUACAAGCAUCAAUCGAGAGUGUAUUGAAAUAUUGAAAUUGAUAAUUUUUUAUUGUUUAUAAUUUGGUAUAGCCAUAUCGUGAAAUCAAAAAGCAUUAAAAAUGUCUAUUCAAGAUAAAUUAACGGUGGACAAGCAAGCAAUGAAGAAUCGAGCUACAGCUCAUCUUCGUAUUUACGUCGGUGGGAUAACUGAGAGAGCUACGUUGGAAGAAUUAUAUGAACACUUUUCGCCAUUCGGACAAAUAACUGGAUUAAUUUUUAACAGAUCAUUUGGAUUUGUACAAUUUGAAAACGAAGCCAGUGCUCAAGAAGCUAUUGCUAAGGGAGAUGGUAGUAUAUUUCAAGGAAAAUCUCUAUGUGUAAGAGCAGCAUUGGCCGAUAGACAAAGAAGGGAAACAGACUUUACUCCAGCCUCAAAUAUAGAAAAUACACCUUCAAAUGACAACUAUACACCUAAGGAAGGAAAUAAUGAACAAUCAAAGAGCAAUAACUAUAGCAACUAUGGAGACCAGAGACAGUCAAGUACAGAUUAUAGAGAGGAAGAGACAGAUGAAGCUUACGGAAAAGGUUAUGGAGAAGGGUAUGAUGCGAAUGAACCUCGUGGGCAACGCGAGGUACGUGAAUCUCGUGAGCAGCGUGAGGUACGUGAAUCCCGUGAGCCACGUGAAUCCCGUGAACCGCGAGGUGGUAUGCGCGGUCGCGGGGGACCACGGGGAAGGGGAAAAGCACGCGGAAGUGUCCCCAGUUACCGUGACCGCACACCUGUUAAUCCUAGAGGUGGUGAGUGGCCAGAGAGAACUAGCUUCGAGAGGUAUCCGCCGCCAGAUUAUAGUAGAACUUUACCUAUCACAGAACGGAAUGACUGCGAGAUUAUCGUAGUCUCGAAAGCGCUUACGGAAUAUGCUGAAUACAUAGAAAGUAGACUGAAACGUCUAGGCAUUGUGGUGGACCUGCUAUUUCCCAUGGAGGAUGUACCAAUUGGCAAAGUGCUGGGCAACAUUGCCUCCCGUGGCUGUCUCUAUGCCAUUCUGGUGAUGCCACAGAAUGAGGAAAACAAAUCUUUGACAUUGACAUUCUUACAUGGAUUACCACAAGAGCACCGCAACAUGCCGCUGGAGGACGCGCUGCAGCUGCUGUCGCGCAACUUCCAGGAGGUGCAGCAGGGCGGGUCUGCGGGCCGCGAGGCGGUGUACGCGCUGCUGGGUCAGCUCGCCGACGGCCGCUCGCUCACCGUGCUGCAGUACGACAAGGUCAUUGAAUACCUCCAGGACCGUAAGGAGCAUCAGAUCAAAAUCGAAUUGGGUGAACCAAUGACUACAACGACCAAUAGCAAAGCCCAAAAUGAGUUACAACAGAGGAUCUUGAGCAUACUCAAUGAGAAGAAAGUUUUGCCACCAAAAGAUCCCUCCCCUGUGCCUGCGCCCGCACCCGUCGCUCCCUCCUCACAAGAUGUACAGAAUAAAUUCCUCAAUGACCCAACACUGCGGAAAGCUUUAAAUUCAAUAUUGCAAAAAUAUACCUAGAUGUAAGUUACUUGUAUUUAAGUGAUUAUCUUUAACUAAAAAAAAAAACAUUCAUUCUAUUUCUUAUAAUGUACGUAAGUACAAUAUAAAGU